AUGUCUCACCGCAAGUUCGAGCACCCGAGGCACGGCUCCCUCGGCUUCCUCCCCAGGAAGCGGUCCUCCCGCCACCGCGGCAAGGUGAAGUCAUUCCCCAGGGAUGACCCCAAGAAGGCUUGCCACCUCACUGCCUUCCUUGGCUACAAGGCUGGCAUGACUCACAUUGUGCGUGAGGUCGAGAAGCCUGGAUCCAAACUCCACAAAAAGGAAACCUGUGAGGCUGUUACCAUCAUUGAAACCCCUCCUCUUGUCAUUGUUGGGCUUGUGGCAUAUGUGAAGACUCCUCGUGGCCUCCGCACACUCAACACUGUUUGGGCUCAGCAUCUUAGCGAAGAAGUGAGGAGAAGGUUCUACAAGAAUUGGUGCAAGAGCAAGAAGAAGGCUUUCACCAAGUAUGCUCUCAAGUAUGACAGUGAUGCUGGCAAGAAAGAAAUUCAGCUGCAGCUUGAGAAGAUGAAGAAAUAUGCUUCUGUUGUCCGUGUCGUUGCCCAUACCCAGAUUAAGAAGAUGAAGGGUUUGAAGCAGAAGAAGGCUCACCUCAUGGAGAUUCAGGUCAAUGGUGGUACCAUUGCUGACAAGGUGGACUAUGGCUACAAGUUCUUUGAGAAGGAGGUCCCGGUUGAUGCUGUCUUCCAGAAGGAUGAGAUGAUUGACAUUAUUGGUGUGACCAAGGGUAAGGGUUAUGAGGGUGUGGUCACUCGUUGGGGUGUCACCCGCCUUCCUCGCAAGACCCACAGGGGUCUGCGCAAGGUUGCUUGUAUCGGUGCAUGGCAUCCGGCUAGGGUAUCCUACACUGUUGCCCGUGCUGGUCAGAAUGGGUACCACCACCGUACUGAGAUGAACAAGAAGGUUUACAAGAUUGGCAAGACUGGACAAGAGUCCCAUGAUGCCUCCACAGAGUUUGACAGGACUGAGAAGGACAUCACUCCCAUGGGUGGCUUCCCCCACUAUGGUAUAGUGAAGGGCGACUACCUGAUGAUCAAGGGCUGCUGCGUGGGUCCGAAGAAGAGGGUGGUGACCCUCCGCCAGUCCCUUUUGAAGCAGACUUCUCGGCUGGCCCUGGAGGAUAUCAAGCUCAAGUUCAUCGACACCUCAUCCAAGUUUGGGCACGGUCGCUUCCAGACUACCGACGAGAAGCAGAGGUUCUAUGGCAAGCUCAAGGCUUAA